AGAUGACUCGUUUAGAAGCUAAAAAGCCCUCAUUCUGUAGAAGUGAGCCACUGACAAGCGAACGAGUGAAGGCCACCCUCUCUGUCUUGAAAGGCAUCGUCACAUCCUGCUAUGGCCCGGCAGGCAGGCUGAAGCAGCUGCACAACGGCCUGGGGGGCUCUGUGCGCACAACCUCCCAGUCGGCAGCCCUCCUCGCCAACCUGCCAGUCACCCAUCCCAUUUUAAAGAUACUGACAACUUCUGUGCAGAAUCACGUGUCCUGCUUCAGUGACGGCGGCUUAUUCACAGCCAUUCUUUGCUGCAACUUAGUUGAAAAUGUUCAGAGAAUAGGUUUGACACCGACCACUGUCAUUAAGUUAAAUAAGCAGCUUUUGAGCCUCUGCAUCAGUUACCUAAAAUCUGAGGCCUGUGGUUGUCGAAUCCCAGUCAACUUUAGUAGCACUCAGAUCCUCCUCUGUUUGGUGCGUAGUAUAUUAACAAGUAAACCUGCCUGUAUGCUCACCACAAAGGAAGUCGACCAUAUCAGUACUUUGAUUCUGAGAGCCUUUCUGCUUAUAAUUCCAGAAAAUGCCCAAGACCACAUCAUUUUAGGAAAGAGUAUAAUUGUCCCUUUAAAACAUCAAAGAGUUAUAGAUUCUACUGUGUUACCUGGAAUACUUAUUGAAAUAUCAGAAGUUCAAUUGAUGAAGAUAUUACCUAUCAAAAAAUCAGAUUCCUUCAAGGUGGCACUCUUUUGUGUGUCUUUAUCCGGAGACCUUUCUGAUACUGGAGAAGGAAAUGUGGUGGUGAGUUACGGAGUUUCUCUUGAAAAUGCAGUCCUGGACCAGUUGCUUAACCUAGGAAGGCAGCUAGUUAGUGAUCACGUAGAUCUUGUCUUGUGCCAAAAAGUUAUACACCCAUCUUUGAAGCAGUUUCUCAGAACGCAUCAUGUUAUUGCUGUAGACAGAGUUGGAGUGGCUGUGAUGGAACCCCUGAGUAAAGUGACAGGAACAAGGCCUAUUGGUUCCUUGGACUCAAUCUCUCCCAGUAGUUAUGGAAGUGUGAAAGAUUUGUGCACUGCAAAAUUUGGCUUCAAACAUUUUUUUCAUCUUAUUCCUAAUGAAGUAACUGUCUGCAGCUUGCUUCUCUGCAACAGAAAUGACACAGCCUGGGAUGAACUGAAGCUCACGUGUCAAACAGCACUGCAUGCUUUGCAGUUAACAAUCAAGGAACCAUGCGUUUUAUUAGGAGGUGGCUGUACUGAAACUCAUUUGGCGGCAUAUAUCAGACACAAGAUGCGUAGCGAGCCGGAAGGCAUUCUUAGAGAUGACGGAUGUACCCAGACAGAACUCCAGCUGAUCGCUGAAGCAUUCUGCAGCGCACUCGAGUCUCUCGCUGGCUCUUUAGAACACGACGGAGGUGAAAUUCUCACUGAUGGGAAGUAUGGACACUUUUGGUCAGUUCAGGCUGAUUCUCCCUCUGUUGUGAACUGGCCAGAUUUGCUUUCAAGAUGUGGCUGUGGACUCUACAGCAGCCAGGAAGAACUUAGCUGGUCCUUCUUAAGGAGUGCUCGUCUUCCUUUUGUGCCUCAAACCUGCCUUCCGUGUGAAGCCACGGACUCAGCUGGCAACCUGACCUUGGACUGUUUUACUGCAAAGCUUAGUGGCCUGCAGGUGGCUGUGGAGACCGCCAAUUUGAUUUUGGAUCUUUCAUAUGUCAUUGAAGAUAAAAACUGAUGUAAGAGAAUAGCAUGUUUAUAUUACAAAAAGAAAAACUAGUGACAUGUCAAUAAAGAAAAAUAUUGAGUGCAUGUGUUGUCUCUCAAAGACCUGUUCUGCAUAUUGGGAUUGAUGAUUCAUAAAUUUAUAGAUUCACAUAUUUAAGAAAAAAAGAAUUGAUUCUUGAAUACCACAUUAUUAUACCACAGAAUAAUAAAAAUAUGAAGCAUUGUUAAAGAUACGGUAAUUAUCUAGCAGUUUCCACAGAUACCACUGUACAUUGUUCUAAAUUUCUGUUCUCAUUAUUUUGACAUCAUUCUGAGAGCAUAACAGAAUUCUUUUUUAAAUCCUAUGUUCUUGUUCGGAUAUACUUAUUACAGAUAUUUUUUAGUUCGUAGUAAUUACAUAUGUUUAAAACUAGAUUCCAAAGUAUCACAAAGCAUCUAGUACAUACUGCUCAUUCAAAAGAAGUAUUCAAACUACGCAUUCAGUAAAAUUUCUGGGUUCUUUAACUGAGACUAUAUCAUUCACUGGUUGGGUAAUUGAUGUAGGAGCUGGUCUACCUACAAUUGCUAGUUUGUAUCACGGUUCUUCAUUUUUGUUAUUUUGAUGAAAUGUGUAAUCAAGGAAAAAUAUAGAUUUAUAUAGUAACUAAGCAGCAUAGAGAAAAGAAGUGGAAUAACUAUUUCUCUAAUUUAGUCAAGAGUGCCAAAAAGAAACUGGCACAGCUCUCAUAUUCAAAGUAAAGACAUGUCAUAUCAAGGAAUAUAAUUUGAAUUUUAUGCAAAUGCAAGAUGUAUUGAUAAAUUGAAGAAGAAAUACAGAAUGUAGCUAGAAGAAUCAGUAUGGAGCUGUAACAUGUUAUAGUAAACUUUAGGAAAACAUCUUGAACAGUUUGGGAAAAUUAAACAACCUAAGAGUCAAUGAUCAGAUCUAUAGCCGUGAUAGAGGGAGAUAGAAUGUUUAAGCAAUUUCCUCCAGUAUUCUUGUAAUCUAAAAGAAUUUUUAUCCUGAGCCAAAGAAGAAAUUGCAGUACAAACACAGCAGUGCAAUAUAUAUUGAAAAAUCAGCUACACUACAAGCUUCAUAAAAUAUUUCUCUAAAAUUUCAUGUCUUAUUAUUAGGGUCAGUCUGGCAGAGUGGUAGGCAGCCUCUGAGAUGGCCCCCAGUUACCCACUGCCUCCUAGUUUUCAGGCCCUUGUCUAAUCCCCUCCGUUGAGUGUGGGCUGGAUGUAGUGACUCCUUUGAGUUUUCCAGUUCUCAGUUGGUGAACAGGAGUGUCUUAGGGCAGUUAUCCUGUGCCUGAUCUAUCACUGUAUAUUGGGACAUAACUUGUCUUUGUGGGUCUACAGGUGGAGAGGAACUGUGCUCCAGGAGCUGCACCUAAAGAAUCACACACAGGGAGCCUCACCCACCCUGACCUGACUUCAGUAAUGAGAUUCUGGACUUUGAGCUGAUGUUGUAACGCCAUGAGAAUUUGGGGGAUCUGGAAAGGGUGUGAAUGUAUCUUGCAUGGGAUGGGCAGCCUCCAAGAUGGCGUACACACUUCAGGUGUGGCUGGGACCAAAUGACUAGCUCUUAAUGAGUAGAAUACAGCAGAAGUGAUGGGCUGUCACUUCCAAUAGUGGGUUGUCAAAAGAAGCUUCUCUCCUUAUCUGUCACUCGCUCACUGUGACGGAAACAAGCUGCCAGGUUGGGAGCUACCCUCAGGAGAGGCCCACGUGGCAAGGGACUGAGGGAGGCUCCAGCCAGCAGCCCACAAGGAACUGAAUCCUACCAACAAACACAAGAGUGAAUUUGGAAGCAGUUCCUCCCUAAUAGGCAUCAAGAUGAGUUUAGCCUCUAUAUCAUUGCAGCCUCAUGAGACACCCUAAAACAGUGGAUCUAGAUAAACCACUCCUUGAUUGAUUUCCUGACCCACAAAAUCUGUGAGAUAAUAAACUUUAAGUCAAGUUUGGGGUGUUAUUUGUUAUGCAGCAAUUAACACCUAAUAAAGGCAAGAGUAAAGCUUAUUUAUAAUUACAUACUGAAAAUUUGAUCACACAAGUGGAAAAAAGCAUUCUUGAUGCCAUGCCUUUGCAUUUUCACCAUCACUCCAAACAUAAAGGCAGGGUUCAUCACACAUGUUUACAAUGGGGUUUUUAUAUUCACUUAAGAAAGGGUGUCACAUAGAAAUAUGGGAAUUAUCCUGGGUUCUCAGGAUAGCCAUUUUUAGCUCUGUCAUUUUUUAACUUUGCCUUAAAAUUCAAUUAUAUUCCUUGGUGAAAUACCAGUGCUCUCAUUUUGAGUAUGUCAUAAAUUUGUUGAAAUAUUUUUAUAAAUUCAUGUUUCCUGAAAUUGUAUACAAUCCUUAGUAGAAAACACUGGAAAUUAAAAAAAAAAAAAAACUGUCUUAAUAGUUCAAGAAAAUCAUCAUUCAAACUCAAAUGGUAAAAUACGAGAUGAAAAUUCUUGAUGAAAAUAAUUUCAGAGGAGCUCAUUUUGACAGAAAUCAACAACAACAAACUAGCAGCUAAGUUAAGCCUUGGGCAUUGUUUGCUGACAAAGUAAGAUUGAAGUCUGAAUAUUGCAUUAUGUUUCCUCGGGCAACAGAACAGGAAGCCCUGAUAGCUACAAAAAAAGGAAAAGGAGAAUCAUGCAGAAAAGAAUGAAGUCAGCACUGCUCGAUACUUUUGUGGGACUCACAGGACACGUCUCAUGUUUUAUUAUUAUUAAUUAGUAAAGUUUCUUGAACCAUAGGAUUAGCAUCUUUUUAAUCAAAAGAGGUUAGGAUUUUGGCAGCAUAGAAAAAAAAUUGGAGAACUAACACAAAUUAAAAGACAUUUUAAGUCAAAAUACUCAUUUAAUCUUAUAAAUACCCAAUUCCUUAAUUCUUCCAUUUAUACUUGUAUCAGAGAAUCUUUAUAUGUUAGACAUUUAAAUCAACUGUUAGAGUGGAGUAUUUUCCACAGGAUAUUUAAAUUAUUAUUAUUAGUUCUUUUUUAUUAUCAUAGAUAUUCUUGAACCCAGUUUGUAUAAUCAAAACUUUGGGGGCAUUCACGUGAUAGAAGAGGACUUUUAAGUACCCUCAUAAGACCCAUCAUAUUCUGUAUUCUUACAUUGUUGAACAGUUUUUUGGAUAACUUUAAAAUAAAACAAUAUUGUUUAUAAUCAUAUAAAUUAUAUAGGUUACUAUUUAAGAGUAUCAUGUAUAAAAAUCACUCUCAUAAUCAAUGCAGGGCCUGUCAAAACAUCCAAUUAGGUUAUUCAUUUCUGGUGAUCUUUGGGGAAUAGCCAAGGAGACUAAACAUGUCUUAUAGGUCCCUGUUUCAGCUGUAUUGUAUAAAUAAAUCUAUCUCUUAAUCUGAAGGAAAAGGCAAGUUUGAACAUCUGAUACCUUUAUAAUUUUUUUUCAUUAGUUAAGUGUUUCCACUUAGUAACUAUAGUGUCCCAUAAUCCUUGGAAAUGUUUGCCAUUCACCUACAAAAUACAAUGUUAGCCUGUAUUUUUGGAUUACAAGUAGAUUUAUAUGUUUCUUUAUUAAGAAUAUAGUAAUACUCAUAUAAAAGAGAAUGCAAUCUCUGAAAACUAUUUGUAUAUGUAGAUCAACCCGUUUGUUGGAGAGAGAAUUAAUAGACUAGAUGUAUUAAAAGCAGUGGAAUACCAUUAUCUGUAAUAAAUUGUGACUUAAGAGGGAAAUGAAGCAACCUGACAAUGUUCUAUUAAGAAUUCACAUUGGGGAAACCUUUAUAAUAAACAUCCUAUUUUAUUUAACCCUGUAGCUUUUGUUUGAAGCAUUGUGACUUCAUUUUGAGAAAUGUCAAUUGAUUUCUUUCUGUUUGCCAGACACAAAAGUCAAUGGUGUUGAAGAUUUAAAAAAAAAGAUUUGUUCACAAUCCCUGACUUCAAGGAGUUGAUCAUCUGGCCGGCAAGACAUAUUUUUUAAGUAUUAUUUUCCUUUCUUCUUUCAUAACAUUUUGUAACAGUAGAAAUUUUGGAAAAUAUGAAUCUGACAUACACACACAAAACAAAAACAAAGUCAAGAGUAGUCCUACUACCCAGAGAUGACCACUGUUUACAUUUUAUGUGCAUCUUUUUGGUUUGUCCUCUGUGUACAGUUUUCCAAAAAUGUGAUCAUAUAGGAUGUUGUUUUAUAAUCUAUUCUUUUUACUUAAUAUGUCAUGAACAUCAUAAUCAUGUAUAAUAAUUACACAUUCUUCUACUACAUCAGUUUUAAUACCUGAAGAAAUUUCAGUUGUAGAGAUUACAGGCAUGCCUUGUUUGAUUGUCCUUCACUUUAGUGCACUUCACAGAUAUUAUGUUUUUUCAUAAAUUGAAAGUUUGUGGCAACUCUGUAUCGAGCAAUUCUAUUGGCCCCACUUUUCCAGCCACAUCUGCUCACUUUGUAUGUGUCACAUUUUGGUAAUUCUCGCAGUAUUUCUAGCUUUUUCAUUAUUAUUAUAUUUGCUGUGUUGAUCUGUGAUCAGUGAUCUUUGAUGUCACUAUUGCAUAAAGAUUACAACUCACUGAAGGCUCAGAUAAUGGCUGGCAUAUUUUAGCAAUAAAGUAUUUUUUAAUUAAGGUAUAUGCAAUGUUUCUUUAGACAUAAUGCUAUUGCACCCUUAAUAGACUACAGUAUACUGUAAACAUAAUUUUCAUACAUACUGGGAAACCAAAAAAAACUGUGUAAUUUACUUUAUUGCAGUUCUUGUUUUAUUGUGGUGGUCUGGAAUCAAACCCUCACUAUAUUUGAAGUAUACCAUACCUGUGUAUCAUAAUUUAGUCAAUGAGCUUUUAUUAAUAUACCUUUAGACUGUUUUCAGUUUUUGUGUUAAUACAAGCGACAACGCAGCAAACAUCUUGCAUAUAUCCUUUUCCCAGAUCCCUGAUUAUUUUCUCAGAGUGAAUAAAUAGAAUUAAGAUUCCUGGGUCCAGCUGUAUUUGAAAUGGAAAGGCUAUUAAUACAUAUUGUCUAAUUGUCUUCUAGAAAUGUAGCAUCAAUAAACUUCAACUACACUGUGUGAAAGCUCUCAUUUUUCUGAA